AUGGAUGCGGCUGAGAUCACCCCACUUCUCAAGAAGCCGCCGGCGCUCUUCUCCCCGGGCCAUCGAAUGCGCAUGAAUAUCAUGCCCAUCUUCCUCAACAUCUUCAUCCCUUGGGCAAUCUUUGUAUAUUGCUUCAGCCUGGCCUCCUUCUAUUUGAUGUACUCGAAGCCCGUGGUUGCUUGGGUCUGCAUUUCAGCUGUUUUUGCAGUGUGGCUCCUGUUUGUGCUGGUCGCGUUCUGCGCACGCAAGUACAACCCCGAUCCAACCUGGUUCACCUUCUUUACCAUUCUAGCAGCAAUUUGCGCAGCGUGGGGCAUCAUUGCAGGGCUGUCCAAUCUGGAGAACUAUGAGAAGCCGUACUACACGCUGAAAGAGAUGCGGGACACAGCGGGGGAAAACAGCACGGGCGUGAAUCCCACCACCGUGUCCGGAGAAGAUGUCAUGGACGCAGGCAUCAUCACCUUUGCUGCCGGCAGCGUUUUUGAUGCCUCCAAAACUUGGCACUUCAUGAAAGGCACUCUCUACUGUGUCGCGCCCAUCGUGGGCCCAAAUGCGGCCGUGCCGCUGCGGCAAACCUACGACUUCUGGGCAGUUGGCAAGGACUGCUGCAGCAUCAGCGCCUCGGAUUUCCGCUGCGGAUCCUGGGGCUCCACCACGGUGGAGAGGUGGCAGGCCUUCGGCCGGGUGGACCAGCUGCGCCUGGAGGAGGCGCACCGGGCCUUCGAUGGCUGCGAGCCCGAGACUGAGAUGGAGACGGAGUUCACUGAGACGGGUGAGGCACGGCGGAGUGCGUGGUUCCGAGUGUGCAGGGGGCUGGAGCCCUACGGUCCAGCAAGCAACGCCCGGCUUGCAGAGGCGGCGGCCCGGCUGCAGCCAGGGGCGCAGGAGGAGGUGGUGCUGGGGAUGCGAAGGGUGCGGAUGUACAUGAACUGGGGCAAGAUCCAGGCAGAGGAGGAUUCGGAGCAGGGCAUGUCCUCCUGGCUGGGAUUCUCGCGGGUUGCCGUGCAGCAGGGUGUUGGGAAUCUCCCAGCAGAGGAGGAGGAAGAGCUGCAGCAGGAGGUGGGGCAGAUUGUGGUGGUGGUCCACGGCAUUGGUGAGAUGUUGAACCAGAGGUGGGGUGCAGGCAUGGUGCAGGACCUCGGGGUGCUGCGGCGCACGUUGCAGCAGCAGCAGCUGCAGGUGGCCAGGGAGGCGCCAAAGACGGAGGUGCUGGGCUGCGAGUGGUGGCAGAGUAUCCACUCAGAGGAGAUGGACAAGCGCCUGGCCAGCAUUACUCUGCCUUCCCUGGCUGCUGUCAGAGAUUUUGCGAACCUCUCACUGGUGGACGGCCUGGCCUUCACACAGGAGCGGGAGAGAAUUAUCACCACUACGGCAGCAAAUCUGGAGACCGCAGUCAGCAGGUUCAAGGACUGCCACCCGAACUUCCGGGGCCAGAUCUUCCUCUUGGGCCACUCGCUCGGAGGCGUCAUCCUGUGGGACAUCCUCACGCAACAGCGGCUUGCCUUCACUCCCAACGCCCUCUUCACCGUGGGCUCGCCCAUUGGCGUCUUCCUGCAUGCUGCAGGUGCCCUUCUUCAACAUCUUCCAUCCCUUGGACCCGGUGGCCUACCGUGUGGAGCCUCUGCUGGCACCCCACCUGGCACAGCUGCCACCUGCCUCGAUGGAUGUGGACAUGACGGGGCGCCUGGACUGGCAGCUGCCUUGCAGCCAGCUAGGUUCUGCCACUGA